AAGUAGCAAACCUGGCAACCCGCGAUAGCCGAGCUUUGGUUUUCUGCCACGUGCUAAUUGUGCGUAGUCGAGAAGCCGUAGCCUGCGACGCAGCAACGCAAAAAGACACUUUUGAGUAAAAUUCACCUGCCAGGACGAACACAUCAGUACAGUGAGUCAAAAUGGAUUCUUUCGAUGAACAGGAAUUUGGAAUCAGCACGUCCCAGAAUCACAGUCGUGGCAGAAGAGGAGGAUUUAAGAGUUCCUUUUUUUCAGAAAUGGCCAGUUCGGGUGGUCAAGGAGGAGAAAGAGGAGCUUUCAGAGGAAGAGGCAGAGGUCGAGGUUUUGGUGGAAACAGUCAGACCCAAUUCAACGACUUUAGCGGAUGGAGGAGAGGCAGAGGAGGCCACAGCGAAGGUCGUGGCCAUGGCUUUGGGGGAGGAUAUCGUGGAAAGAAUGAGGAAUUCUUCACCCAAGCCAAUACACAAGAUCCAAAGGAGUCAGACCCAUCAAACCCAGAUUCUAGCGUCCGGCCAAAAGUCACCUAUGUUCCUCCGGCCCUUCCUGAAGAUGAGGACUCUGUGUUUGCACAUUACGAGCAAGGCAUUAAUUUUGAUAAAUACGAUGAUAUCAUCGUAGAUGUGAGCGGAACAAAUCCAGUGCCUGCCAUAUUGAGUUUUGCUGAGGCAGCCUUAUGUGAAUCCCUGCGAAAAAAUGUCAGCAAGUCCGGUUAUUCAAAGCCCACCCCGGUUCAGAAGCAUGCCAUUCCGAUCAUCUCUGCGGGUCGAGAUCUCAUGGCCUGUGCUCAGACCGGAUCUGGAAAAACGGCUGCAUUCCUACUUCCAAUUCUGCAGCAGCUAAUGGCCGAUGGCGUGGCUGCCAGCAGCUUUGUUGAGUUGCAGGAACCCGAGGCAAUCAUUGUCGCCCCAACUCGGGAGCUCAUCAACCAGAUUUUCCUGGAGGCCAGGAAGUUUGCCUAUGGAACGUGUGUGCGUCCGGUGGUGGUGUAUGGUGGAGUGAACACCGGAUUUCAGCUCAGAGAAAUUUCUAAAGGCUGCAACAUAGUGUGUGGAACGCCGGGGAGAUUAUUGGAUGUAAUUCAACGUGGACGGAUCGGGCUGACCAAGCUGCGCUAUCUGGUUCUUGAUGAGGCUGACAGGAUGUUGGAUAUGGGCUUUGAGCCUGACAUGCGCCGCCUGGUUACUUCGCCCGGGAUGCCACCCAAAGAGAAUCGCCAGACUCUGCUGUUUAGCGCCACCUACCCUCAAGACAUCCAGAAGUUGGCCGCCGAUUUCCUCAAGACGGACUAUUUGUUUCUGGCUGUUGGCAUAGUGGGCGGGGCUUGUAGCGAUGUUGAACAGACAUUUGUCCAAGUCACCAAGUUCUCAAAGAGAGAGCAGCUUCUUGCCUUUCUUAAGACCACCGGAAAUGAGCGCACAAUGGUGUUUGUGGAGACAAAGAGACAAGCUGAUUUCAUUGCCACUUUCCUGUGCCAAGAGGAACUUCCCACCACCAGUAUUCACGGGGAUCGCGAACAGCGGGAACGAGAGCAGGCCUUGGCCGACUUUAAGACCGGCAAAUGCCCCAUCCUCGUCGCGACGUCGGUCGCUGCCCGCGGCCUGGACAUUCCAGAAGUGCAGCACGUGGUCAACUUUGACCUCCCCAAGAGUAUUGAUGAAUAUGUCCACCGCAUCGGCAGAACCGGCCGCUGCGGUAAUAUUGGCAGGGCGGUGUCUUUCUACGAUCCGGAGGGGGACAGUCAGCUGGCUGCUUCCUUGGUCACAAUCUUGUCCAAGGCCCAACAAGAAGUGCCAUCAUGGCUGGAGGAGUCUGCAUUCAGUGGAGGACCCACUAGCUUUAGCCAGGCCAACAAGAGCUUUGCCUCCUCCGACUCCAGGAAGUCUCAACAGGCAGGAUGUGAGUGGAGACAGCCCGUUCCUCAGGUUGCAGUUGCUGACGAUGAUUGGGAGUAGAGGUCAAGGCAAAUCCACCCAAGCACUGCCUUUUGUUAUUUGAACGGUUCACUUAUGCUGCGAGUUCUUUUAUCGCCACAUUUUAAGUUUGGAGCGAGGACCAAACGGUUGUCCCAAAUCAAGUCUAAAAGUGCAUGUUUAAGAUGCUAAUUUGGAGAAACAUUUGUGAAGUGUGUUUUCCUUGUGUACAUUUUUUGGGGGGUGUUACUCUCCAUUUAAACUGAAAAUAUGACAAUAUGUGGAGGGAAGAGGAAGUGUCAUUCAAGAUCUGUUUUGUUUAUCUACUUGGAUGACCAAUAAAUAUUUGUUCAACGCAAAGACCGCUGUUUCGAUG